AUGCUUUCUUGGCUGAAUGGCAAUAGAGAAGAAGAAAAUGAGGCAAAGAUUGAAAAUGUACAGAAAACGGGUUUCAUCAAAGGACCACUUUUCAAAGGUGUUGCUUCUAGUCGGUUUCUGCCCAAAGGCACCAAGACAAAAGUCAAUUUGGAGGAACAGGGACGACAGAAGGUGUCCUUCAGCUUUAGCCUUACAAAGAAAACUUUGCAGAACCGAUUUCUGACGGCGCUUGGAAAUGAGAAGCAAAAUGAAACUCCAAAUGCCCCACCUACACCUCUUCAACCAGAUUCUACCCCUAAAAUUAAAGUGGAUAUUGGAGAUACUUUAUCUACUACAGAAGAAUCUUCCCCACCAAAAUCAAGGGUGGAAUUGGGAAAAAUCCAUUUUAAGAAACACCUGCUUCAUGUAACAUCUAGGCCACUGCUGCCUACUACCACAGCAGUAACAUCUCCACCUCUUCCCAUAGUACCAUUACCAGCAGUUAUAGCAGAAUCAACAACUGUAGAUUCACCACCCCCAUCUCCACCUCCACCACCUCCACCUCCCCAGGCCACACUACCCUCACCACCAGCACCAAUAACAGAGCCAGUGGUUUUGCCACACACACCAUUAACAGUUCUGAUGACAGCACCAGUGCCCUCACCCAUGGAUGUAACAGUUAGAUCCUUGAAAGAACCAUCAUUAACGGUUGUACCAGAAUCUUCAGAAGUGGACACUAAGGAGGACACUAUAUCUAAUAGUUUAGAAGAACACAUAACUCAAAAUUUGAAUGAGCAAGCAGAUAUUCCCUCACAAAAAGAAGAUUCCCAUAUUGGGAAGGAUGAAGAAAUUCCAGAUAGUUCUAAAAGUAGUCUGGGCUGUAAAAAAACAGGCUCUAAGAAGAAAUCUUCACAAUCUGAAGGCACCUUUCUUGGUUCAGAGUCUGAUGAAGAUUCUGUACGGACUUCUUCAAGUCAGAGAUCACAUGAUUUGAAAAUUGCAGCGACCAUCGAAAAGGAAAGAGAUUCAAAAAAGAGUUUAGCACCUUUAAAAAAUGAAGAUUUAGGGAAAUCGUCACGAUCUAAAACAGAGAGAGAUGAUAAAUAUUUCAGCUACUCAAAGCUUGAAAGGGAUUCUCGGUAUAUAUCUUCCCGAUGUAGAUCAGAAAGAGAGCGACGGCGGAGCAGGUCUCGUUCCAGAUCUGACAGAGGCUCCAGAACUAGUUUGCCUUACUCUCGAUCAGAACGAUCUCAUUAUUAUGACUCUGAUCGUCGCUACCACAGGAGUUCACCUUACCGAGAGAGGACACGCUAUUCUCGACCACGUACUGGUAGCAGGACCCGAGAGAGUUCUGAUUCAGAAGAUGAGUAUAAGAAGACAUACUCAAGGCGCACCUCCUCUCAUUCCUCCUCUUACAGAGACCUAAGGACAUCAUCCUAUUCUAAAUCUGAUCGGGAUUGCAAAGCUGAAUCGUCUUACACGGAGACAGAGAAAAGAGGAAAGUAUUCUUCAAAACUAGAAAGAGAAUCCAAAAGGACUUCAGAAAAUGAAGUAAUGAAAAGGUGUUGCACUCCCCCGAGUGAUCUGGGAUUCCGACGGGGGUCAUCGUAUUCUAAGCAUGAUAGCAAUGCUUCUCAUUAUAAAUCUACUCCUUCAAAAUCUACACCGAAGUCUGAUAAAUUUAAAAAUGUAUUCUGUUGUACAGAAUUCAAUGAGGAAAUCAAACAGUCUCAUUCUUUUGGUUUACAGACUCCUUGUUCAAAAGGUAGUGAGUUUAGAAUGAUGAAUAAAAUACCUGAAAGAGAAAAGACUGGGUCUCUAUCACCAUCAAAUCAAUUAAAUGAUUCGCCUACUUUUAAAAAGCUAGAUGAAUCAUUUAUUAUUAAGUCUGAAUUUAUAGGCCAUGAUAGCCAUGAAAGUAUUAAGGAAUUGGACUCUCUUUCUAAAGGGAAGCACGAUCAAUUAAGAACUUAUUGCCCCAUAGAAUUAAAUGUAAAUGGAUUUCCUGGAGCAGAAUCUGAUUUGACAACAUUUUGCACUUCUAAAACUGAGUCUGUUUUAAUGUCUUCUGAUGAUAGUGUGGCUGGAUCCGAGGUAUCCCCUUUGAUCAAAGCAUGUAUGCGUUCAUCAAAUGGAUUUCAGAAUACUAGUAGAUGUAAAGAAAAAGACUUGGAUGCUACUUACAUGCAUCAUAGUAAGUCAGAAAGCCCUUUUAGAGAAACAGAACCUCCAGUGUCACCACACCCAGAUAACCUUGUGACAUUGCCAGAUAUGGCAAUAGAUUAUUCUAAAGCAGUUAAGGAACCAGUUUCUUGCUGCAGAACCAAAGAUUCAGAUAUAUACUGUACUUCAAAUGACAGCAACCCUUCCUUGUGUCAUUCUGAAGCUGAAAAUAUUGAAACUUCAGUUGUGAAAAUGUCUUCCAAUAGCUUUAUGAAUAUUCGUUUGGAUUCAACAGCUAUAAGUGAUAGUAGAAAUAUGACAGAUCAAACUGCAAAGUUUGCUUGUGAAGAAUAUAAGCAGAGUGUUGGUAGCACUAGUUCAGUUUCUGUUAAUCAUAUUGCUGAUUUAUGUCAGCCUAUAAGAAGUUCGGAGAUUGCUUCAUCUCUUCAGAGUCUCUCACCAGAAAUAAAAGUGGACACUUUAACUCUCUUACAGUAUGGAGAGAACACUUCUCCAGUUUUGGAUGCUGUGCUGAUAACUGAAAAAAGCACAGAGUUUUUAAAACAUGCAGGGGAAGAAACAAGAGAAGUAAAUAGAGAUCUUCCUGACUCAAGAAGAGGAUUUUCUUCCUGGGAAAACAGGCAUAAUAAUGGGCUAUCUGGGAAAUGUUUGCAAGAAGAAGAGAGUUCCACGUUGCCGGAUAGAAGACCAGAAAUCUCCUCAGAUGGAGAAAGAGGACAUGUGCAUACUUCUGAUGAUUCAGAAGCUGUAUUUUCUUGCAAUUUGAAUUUAGCCAUGGAAAGCAAUGAUGAUGUAACUUAUACCUUAAAAUGUGACAGUAGUGGCCAUGCCCCAGAAAUUGUGUCUACUCUCCAUGAAGAUUAUUCUGGUUCCUCCGCAUGUUCAAGUGAUGACAGCGAUUCAGAAGACACAGAUUCUGAUGAUAGCAGUAUUCCAAGAAACCGUCUCCAGUCUGUUGUGGUUGUGCCAAAGAAUUCUACUUUGCCUAUGGAAGAAACAAGUCCUUCUUCUUCUCGGAGCAGUCAAAGUUACAGGCACUAUUCCGACCACUGGGAAGAUGAGAGACCCGAAUCAAGGAGACAUUCAUAUGAGGAAAAGUUUGAGAUUAUAACAAAUAAAGCUUCUCAAACAGACAAGUUCUUUGCUUAUAAAGGAGCAGAGAAAAACCCAGAAAGUUCUUUCACGCACCCUCACAGAAAACAAAUGGAUAAUCACUUGCCUGAAAUGGCUCAUUCUCAGAGUGAUGGGGUUGAUAGUACAAGUCAUCCAGAUGUGAAAUCUGACCACCUAGGUCACCCAGGUUCAGCGGAAACAAUAAAAUUCAAAAUAGCAUCAAGGCAGCAAGAGGAGCUGUCAAUUUAUUCUGAUGAUUUUGAAGAUGUCCCAAAUAAGUCCCACCAACAGACCACUUUUCCUACCAGGCCAGAUAGUAGACUGGGGAAAACGGACUUGAGCUUUUCUUCCCCUUGUGAGAUCUCUCGAGUGGAGAGCUUUCACUCCUCAGAAGAACUUAGAAACGUAGGGUGGGACUUCACUCAAUCAGAAAAGCCCACUACCACAUAUCAGCAGCCUGACAGCAGCUAUGGAGCUUGUGGUGGACACAAGUAUCUAAGUGCAGAACAGUAUGGUGGGACACGUAGUCACUGGCAAGGCAAUGGCUACUGGGAUCCAAGGUCGGCAGGCAGACCUGGAACUGGAGUUGUAUAUGACCGGAUUCAAGGGCAGGUACCAGAUUCUCUAACAGAUGACCGCGAAGAGGAAGAGAAUUGGGAUCAACGUGGUGGAUCUCACUUUUCAAAUCAGUCCAGCAAAUUUCUUCUGUCCAUUCAGCAGAAGGACAGGGGAUCAGUGCAAGCACCUGAAAUAAGCAGCAAUUCCAUUAAGGACUCUUUAGCAGUGAAUGAAAAGAAAGAUCUUACAAAAAGUUUAGAAAGAAAUGACAUGAAAGACAGAGGGCCUCUUAAAAAAAGGAGACAGGAGCUGGAGAGUGAUUCUGAAAGUGAAGCUGAGCUUCAAGACAGAAAGAAAGUUAGAGUGGAGGCAGAACCGGGAGAGACAGCAGCACCUCCAGGCUCUGCACUGUUUGGACCUUCGUGUGUCAUGGAUGACUUCAGGGACCCCCAGCGAUGGAAGGAGUGUGCCAAGCAGGGAAAGAUGCCAUGUUAUUUUGAUCUUAUUGAAGAAAAUGUUUAUUUGACAGAAAGGAAGAAGAAUAAAUCCCAUCGGGAUAUUAAGCGAAUGCAGUGUGAGUGUGCACCUCUUUCUAAAGAUGAAAGAGCUCAAGGUGAAAUAGCAUGCGGGGAAGAUUGUCUUAAUCGUCUCCUUAUGAUUGAAUGUUCUUCAAGGUGUCCAAAUGGUGAUUAUUGUUCUAACAGACGAUUUCAGAGAAAGCAACAUGCAGAUGUGGAAGUCAUACUCACAGAAAAGAAAGGCUGGGGCUUGAAGGCUGCCAGAGAUCUACCUUCGAACACCUUUGUCCUGGAAUAUUGUGGUGAGGUGCUUGAUCAUAAAGAGUUUAAAGCCCGGGUGAAGGAGUAUGCACGAAAUAAAAACAUACACUACUACUUCAUGGCCCUGAAGAAUGACGAGAUAAUAGAUGCAACUCAGAAAGGAAAUUGUUCUCGUUUCAUGAAUCAUAGCUGUGAGCCAAACUGUGAGACCCAAAAAUGGACUGUGAAUGGACAACUGAGAGUUGGCUUUUUUACCACCAAAUUGGUUCCUUCAGGAUCGGAGUUAACAUUUGACUAUCAGUUUCAAAGAUAUGGAAAAGAAGCUCAGAAAUGUUUUUGUGGGUCUGCAAAUUGCCGGGGUUACCUAGGAGGAGAGAACAGAGUUAGCAUUCGAGCAGCGGGUGGAAAAAUGAAGAAGGAACGCUCCCGUAAGAAGGAUUCAGUGGAUGGAGAGCUAGAAGCUCUGAUGGAAAAUGGUGAAGGUCUUUCAGAUAAAAACCAGGUGCUCAGCUUAUCCCGCUUAAUGGUUAGAAUUGAAACUUUGGAGCAGAAACUUACCUGUCUUGAGCUCAUACAGAACACACACUCUCAGUCCUGCCUGAAAUCCUUUCUGGAACGUCAUGGCCUGUCUUUGCUAUGGAUCUGGAUGGCAGAGCUUGGUGAUGGCCGGGAAAGUAACCAAAAGCUUCAGGAAGAGAUUAUAAAGACUUUGGAACACUUGCCCAUUCCUACUAAAAAUAUGUUGGAAGAAAGCAAAGUCCUUCCAAUCAUUCAACGUUGGUCUCAGACCAAGACUGCUGUUCCACAAUUGAGUGAAGGAGAUGGCUACUCUAGUGAGAACACAUCACGAGCUCACACACCACUCAACACCCCUGAUCCUUCUACCAAGCUGAGUACAGAAGCUGACACAGACACCCCCAAGAAGCUUAUGUUUCGUAGACUUAAAAUUAUAAGUGAAAAUAGCAUGGACAGUGCGAUUUCUGAUGCUGCUAGUGAACUAGAAGGCAAAGAUGGCAAGGAGGAUCUUGAUCAAUUAGAACAUGUCCCUGUUGAGGAAGAAGACGAAUUGCAGGCACAACAGCCAAUCACACAACAGCUGUCUGAACCCAAAGGUGAUGGUGAAGCUGCAGUGGAGGUCAGUAAGCUACCUGUGUCUGAGCCGGAAGCUGACACAGAAAUAGAGCCAAAAGAGAGCAAUGGCACAAAGCCAGAAGAACCUAUUGUUGAGGAAACACCAUCCCAAGAUGAAGAAGAAGGUGUGUCUGAUGUGGAAAGUGAAAGGAGCCAAGAACAGACAGAUAAAACAGUAGAUAUAAGUGAUUUGGCUACCAAGCUCCUGGACAGUUGGAAAGACCUAAAGGAGGUGUAUCGAAUCCCAAAGAAAAGUCAAACUGAAAAGGAGAACACAAUAACUGAACGAGGAAGGGAUGCUGUUGGCUUCAGAGAUCAAACAGCUGCCCCAAAGACACCUAACAGAUCAAGAGAAAGAGACCCAGACAAGCAAACUCAAAAUAAAGAGAAAAGGAAACGAAGGGGCUCCCUCUCACCACCCUCUUCUGCCUAUGAACGAGGAACAAAAAGGCCAGAUGACAGAUAUGAUACACCAACUUCUAAAAAGAAAGUACGAAUUAAAGACCGCAAUAAACUUUCUACAGAGGAGCGUCGGAAGUUGUUUGAGCAAGAGGUGGCUCAGCGGGAGGCUCAGAAGCAACAACAGCAGAUGCAGAACUUGGGGAUGACAUCCCCCCUGCCCUAUGACUCUCUUGGCUAUAAUGCCACUCAUCACCCCUUUGCUGGCUACCCACCAGGUUACCCCAUGCAGGCAUACGUGGAUCCCAGCAACCCUAAUGCUGGAAAGGUGCUCCUACCCACACCCAGCAUGGACCCUGUGUGUUCACCUGCUUCUUAUGAUCACACUCAACCCUUGGUGGGACAUUCUGCAGAACCCAUUGCUGCCCCUCCCCCAGUGCCUGUGGUGCCACAUGUGUCAGCUCCUGUGGAGGUUUCGAGUUCACAGUAUGUAGCCCAGAAUGAUGGUGUAGUGCACCAAGACUCCAGUGUCACUGUCUUGCCAGUGCCAACCCCAGGCACAGUCCAGGGACAGAAUUACGGUGUUUGGGAUUCAAACCAGCAGUCUCAGUCUAUCAGCAAUGUCCAGCAACAGUACUCUCCUGCACAGUCUCAAGCAACCAUAUAUUAUCAAGGUCAGGCGUGUCCAACUGUCUACGGUGUGACAUCACCUUACUCACAGACAACGCCACCAAUUGUACAGAGUUAUGCACAGUCAAGUCUUCAGUACAUCCAGGGACAACAGAUUUUCACAGCUCACCCACAAGGAGUGGUGGUACAGCCAACCGCAUCCGUGACGACAAUUGUUGCACCGGGACAGCCGCAGCCCUUACAACCACCUGAAAUGGUUGUGACAAAUAAUCUCCUGGAUCUGCCACCUCCUUCUCCUCCCAAACCAAAAACCAUUGUCUUACCUCCCAACUGGAAGACAGCCCGUGACCCAGAAGGAAAGAUUUAUUAUUACCAUGUCAUCACAAGGCAGACUCAGUGGGAUCCUCCUACUUGGGAAAGCCCAGGAGAUGAUGCCAGCCUAGAGCAUGAAGCUGAGAUGGACCUGGGAACCCCGACUUACGAUGAAAACCCUAUGAAGACCUCGAAAAAACCCAAGACAGCAGAAGCAGACACCUCCAGCGAGCUGGCCAAAAAGAGCAAAGAAGUGUUCAGAAAAGAGAUGUCCCAGUUCAUCGUCCAGUGCCUGAACCCUUACCGGAAACCUGAUUGCAAAGUAGGAAGAAUUACCACAACUGAAGACUUCAAACACUUGGCUCGAAAGCUGACGCACGGCGUUAUGAACAAGGAGCUGAAGUACUGUAAGAACCCCGAGGACCUGGAGUGCAAUGAGAAUGUGAAACACAAAACCAAGGAGUACAUUAAGAAGUACAUGCAGAAGUUUGGGGCUGUUUACAAACCCAAAGAGGAUACGGAAUUGGAGUGAUUUAUGGGG